AUGGGUCCUCCAUAUGCGAAAAACCCCGUGGGAAAGGGUGACAGUCACGGGACUCGAUAUCGGCUUCCAAGUUCCGAGGUACUCUCCGGUAUUCAGAUUCAUCGCCGACGGAAUUUGAACGGGGAAAAUGACUUUAUUCGGCUGGACCGUCCCGCACUCUCAUUCAGGACGCAGGUCCAUGAUGGUGUGCGAAAAAACCCGUCAGGAUUGGAUGAUGAAUUCCACGAGACAGGCCGAAAAUCGGAAUAUUUCGCUAUCUUUCGAAUCCGAAGCAGCGAACGGUACGCUGACACGGGGAAAUGGGGAGAGGCCAUGGGAACCACUGAUAGACGGGCUAUCGAAGCCCGAGAAGGGACCUCGGCAUUGCGGCCGCCGAAUAACGCGCAGGCUGAUUCGGCCGGGUGCUCCACUUCCUCUCUCUGGGCCUUCAUGUGGGAGGACUCCAGACUGAGGACCCUUUCUUUUCACCAUUUCUCUCCCUCUUCUCCCAGUUUAUCUUCCCUCUUCACCUCUUCCGUGGUUUCAACUGUUGUUUGUCAACCAUUCGCCGUUGCCUUCGAGAAAAGCAUCCCAAACCAAAACCCAACUACAAACACCAUCCCGAACCGCGGUUAUCGGCCGAGAAUGAGUAGCGUGCACGACUAUGAGGCGGUCCGCAAGGACAUCGUCGCUCAACUGAAGAAGCCCGACUAUGAUGACGGCAGCGCUGGACCAGUAUUCGUCCGGUUGGCAUGGCACUCCUCCGGAACCUAUGACCUUGAAUCUGACACUGGCGGUUCAAAUGGCGCCGGUAUGCGCUAUGAAGCCGAGGGUGGCGACCCAGCCAAUGCGGGCCUGCAGCACGGCCGGGCCUUCCUGGAGCCGAUCAAGGAAAAGCACCCUUGGAUCACAUACUCGGAUCUGUGGACACUGGCGGGCGUAGUCGCAAUCAAGGAACUCGGUGGUCCGGAGAUUCCCUGGCAAGGUGGACGUACUGAUCUGGUGGACGACUCGAAGGUCCCCCCACGGGGUCGACUGCCCGACGGUGCUCUGGGCGCCGACCACUUGCGGUUCAUCUUUGGCCGUAUGGGCUUCAACGAUCAAGAGAUUGUUGCGCUGGCUGGCGGUCACAACCUCGGUCGGUGCCACGGCGACCGUAGUGGAUUCGAGGGACCCUGGGUCACCAACCCAACGCGCUUCUCGAACUCGUUCUUCAAGUUGUUGUUGACGCUAGACUGGAAGCCCCGCAAGCUUUCAACGGGUAUGACCCAGUUUGUGUAUGAGGAUCCUGAUGCGGACGAGGAUGAGGAGCCUUUGAUGAUGCUGCCGACCGACAUGGCGCUGAAGACUGACCCGGCUUUUGCACCUUGGGUACAUGCCUAUGCCAAAGAUAAGGACCUGUUCUUCGAUCACUUUUCCAAGGUGUUUGCAAAGUUGGUUGAACUGGGUAUCCAGCGUGAUGCGCAGGGUGUCAUCACCAACAGCGACAACAAGCUGGGUGGAUAUGUCUCUGCGCCUAAGAAGAGCAAUACUGCCACCGGUCCGAAGAAGGGCGAACCUCGGGCUCGUCUGUAG